AUGCGUUUCUCUAUCCGCUCCACCCUCCUCAUCUGUGCCCUCGCCUUUGGCGUCGCUCAGGCGUCCCCCGCCCCCGCCGCUCUCGAGCGUCGUGGGGAAGCCACCGUCGAGGAAGCGACCAGCAAGGCCCCAGACGCUGACAUCUCCUACCCCAACUACAAUUCAAUCCUCUUCUUCAACGGGGAGAACUGUGGCGGUAGCCAGGACACCGUUGAUAUUGGGGGGCUGGGUCUCAACCAGUGCUAUACCCCCAACUUCCCGUAUGAAUCCAUCAUGGCGUACAGCCCCAGCGGCAGCACCUGGGACCUCACCAUCUUCGCUUGCGAGGGCGGAGACUGCCAGAACUCGGUGCAGCUGCCGAACCUGAAUGUGUGUUACAACACACUUUACGGUGGCGAUCCCGCGUACUUCUUCACAUUCUACUUCGAAUCCUGA